UUAUUAAAACCCUCACUUGCAGGACGCUGUUGUUAUCUUGUUGGUACCAAUCGAUAUUGUGAUUGAUUGAUUACUUAAUUGUUCAGUGCAAUUAACAUUUGUAAACAGAGUUACCAAUUUGGGAGGAUUUUUUAUGCCCCCUUCAGUAUUUUCUUCAGUUCAUCAUAAUUAGUUCUGCUAUGCUUGUAGAUACAUUGUAUUGAACUAAUUUUUAGUAGAUCUAUAGAUCAAGUUUGAAUUUCUUGUCGAUUUUGCUACUUUUACGAAGACCUUAGACUUGGAUUUUUUCUUCAUUAUUUACAGUUUUCCGAGCUUUUGGGGUUUGUGUUUGCAGAAAUAGCUCUAGUUUCAUGUCGAUCAACUUAAUUAUUCCCCAUGAACUUUGAAAGUUAUUUAGUUAUUAAUUCCAGACUUGUUUCUAUUAGAUAUGCUGGUAGGCAGUGAGCUUAAUGAGAACUUGUUUCACAAAUUCUGCCGCAUCUCUAAUCAAACUGCCUCUUGCCGAUAUAACGGACGCAAAUAUGGAAAAGUACAACCGAAAGCAUCCUAUAUCCUCAAUGGUAUUUGGGACAAACGCACUGAUUACCAAGCCAGCCAACUCCCUGUCGCCAAUGCUCGUUGUAAGCAUAUUGAACCGAUUCGGAUACGGUGAAGUGAGAAAAUUGACUUCCGGAAAAAUGAAUGACAAUGACGUCGCUAGAAGUGAGGAAUUGAAAAUGGCCAUGUUUGCUUUGGUUUGCUGGUACCCUGUAGUGGUGGGUGUUAUACAGCUGUGUAGUUGGUCUUUUUUCAGGAUAAACAAAAGAACAGAAAUUAUCAUCAAAGCUGACAAAAUUCACCAAGGGGUGUGAUGCUACUGUGAUUACGGACACACUAAAUCUCUCAUUUAUUCAGCUUACCUGAGAAGAGGUCUCCAAAUUAUAGAAACAUUACAGGAUUUUUAAACUGUAUACAGCUUUAUUUUUGCUGUCGUUUAAUUUUCGCUAUUUUCACUGUAGGUCAAAACCAUAAAAUUGAAUCUGCAGUGAAAAUAACUUGACCGCAAUAUCAUAUGAAAUUGAUGUAAAAACGAGCAUUAAAAACUAUAGGAAAACGGAGUCCGCCAAGAAACCACAAAUAUAACGCCUUUAACUCUGUAUAUAAUAUUGUAAACAUCGGCAUCAGAUAUAUGGUUUUCUAACAUUAAUGUCAAUAAAUAUAGACAAAAAUA